UUCCAGUUGAUGAGUCUAAACCAAGUCCGUGGAAUAAGAGCAGUGAUUGCUGUUCUUGGAAGGGUGUAACGUGCAGCGAUAAAUCUGGCCAGGUGAUAUCACUCGACCUUAGUUUCACCUCUCUCAAUGGCUCUUUGAAAACUAACAGUAGCCUUUUUAAACUCCAAUCUCUUCGUCACCUAAACCUUAUGCAUUGCAAUCUCCGAAGAGAGAUUCCUUCUUCACUAGGAAACCUUUCUCGUCUCUUACAUCUUGAGCUUUCUCAAAAUCAUUUGGUAGGUAAAAUCCCGGCUUCCAUCGGAUAUCUAAACGACCUCAGAGUCGUGUCGCUUGAUGAGAACAACUUAAGUGGAAAUAUUCCUACUAUUUCAUUAACCAAUUUAACUAAGCUUUCUGAAUUUAGUCUCAGCUCUAAUAACUACAAAUCCACGUUUCCAUUUGACGACAUGAGUGGAUUCCACAACUUGGAGUACUUUGAUGUUUCUCAAAACUCCUUUACCGGACCUUUCCCUAAAUCUUUGUUCUUGAUUCCUUCCUUAAAAGAUGUUCAUUUGUCAGAAAACCAAUUUACAGGACUUGUAGAGUUUUCCAAUACAUCCUCAUCCUCUAAUCUUUACUUUUUGAGCCUUGAUCGUAACAGAUUAGAUGGCCCAAUCCCGAGAUCCUUGUCAAAAUUUCCCAACCUUAGACGGUUAUAUCUUAACCACAACAGUUUCACUGGGUCAAUCCCUAGAUCUCUAUCAAAGUUAGUCAACCUCCAUGAGAUUGAUGUAUCCAACAACAAGUUGGAAGGUGAAGUACCAGCUUACUUAUGGAAAAUUAUGGAGGUGGCUCUUGCUCACAAUUCUUUCACCAGUGUUGAAAAGUAUUCCGACGUAAUAAUACAAAGGCAGUCGUUGGUCUCACAUUCGAAUUUAUUACGAGGACCGUUCCCUCUUUGGAUAUGUAAUCUUAGAUGGCUACGCUUAUUAGAUUUGUCCAACAAUCUCUUCAGCGGCUCGUUACCUACAUGUUUAAGGAAUCUUGUUUAUCUUGUAGACCUAAAUCUGAGGAACAACAAUUUCAGUGGAACUCUUCCAGAUAUAUUUUCUGAUGCUCUCCAACUUCAGUCAUUGGACAUUAGUCGCAACCAGCUGUGGGGAAAGUUUCCAAAAUCCUUAGUCAAUUGCACAGCUCUGAAACUUGUGAAUGUGGAGAGCAACAAAAUCAAGGACAAGUUUCCAUCUUGGUUGGAAGCUCUGCCAUCAUUACAUGUUCUCAAACUCGGAUCAAACGAGUUCUAUGGGCCGUUGUAUCAUGGCCAAGUGUCUAUCGGGUUUCAGAGUUUAAGGGUCAUCGAUAUAUCACACAUUGGCUUCACUGGAACUCUUCCACCUUACUAUUUUUCCAACUGGGAUGCAAUGACCACACUAACCGAAGAAAAUGACCGAUAUGACCAGUAUAUGAAUGAUUUCUUGAAUUCUACGGUCUAUAACUCGAUGGAAAUGGUAAACAAAGGAGUAGAGAUGAGCUUUGAGCGGAUCCGACAUGACUUCAGAGCCAUUGAUUUUUCUGGAAACAAAAUUUAUGGUAACAUCCCUGAUCAGUCCAUUGGCUUAUUGAAGGAACUGCGUCUUCUCAACUUGUCAGGUAACGCUUUCACAAGCGAUAUCCCACGAAUCUUGGCUAAUCUGACAAAGCUCGAGACGUUAGACCUAUCUCGUAAUAAGCUGUCAGGCGAAAUCCCUCAAGGUCUUGGUAAACUCUCUUUUCUGUCAUACCUGAACUUCUCCCAUAACCUUCUCCAAGGUCCUGUGCCACGAGGCACACAGUUCCAAAGGCAGAAAUGUUCUUCAUUCUUGGACAACCCAGGACUCUACGGUCUGGAAGAAAUUUGUAGAGAAACUCAUGCCUUGAAUCCUACAUCGCAGCUACCUGAGGAAUUGUCAGAGGCUGAGGAACAAAUGUUCAACUGGGUAGCAGCUGCAAUAGCAUACGGACCUGGUGUGUACUGUGGAUUGGUGUUUGGAUAUAUCUACACUUCACAUAAUCAUGAUUGGUUCACAGAAAAGUUCGGUCGAAAGAAACUAGUCCUUACAAGUGUCCGUUAA